AAAAAUUCGUAAACGUCAAAUUUCAAUCCAUCAAUAAUUUCCAAAUUUUUUUAAUAACUACGUUUUAGCAAUAUUAAAUAAUCUUAAAACAACUUCUCUAAAUGUAAUUAUUAAUUAAAAUCUAAACAAAAUAUUUGUAUAGGUUGAAAUAACCUGACAACUGACAAACUUCAAAAUAAUCAGUUCAAUUUAUUGACCAAACACCCCAGACAUAAUUCAAUCAUAAUGACUUCGCAAGCUGGAUUAAAAAAAUCAAUUGCUGGGAGAAAAAAAGGUUCCCUACCGAAAUUCGAACUCACCGAAGAACAAAAAAACGAUAUCCAAGAAGCUUUCGAUCUUUUCGACCACGAAAGAAGCGGCCACAUCGAUACUAAAGAACUAAAAGUCGCGAUUCGCGCCUUGGGUUUCGAACCAAGAAAAGAAGAAAUUAAAAAAAUGAUUGCUGAAAUCGAUAAAGACGGCACUGGAAAGAUAUCGUACAACGACUUUUUAGACCUUAUGACGAUUAAAAUGGCUGAAAAGGAUUCGAAAGAAGAAAUAUUAAAAGCGUUUCGAUUAUUUGACGAUGACGAAACCGGUAAAAUAAGUUUUAAAAAUCUUAAGAGAGUUGCUAAAGAACUCGGAGAGAAUCUCACUGAUGAGGAACUUCAGGAGAUGAUUGAAGAAGCCGAUCGGGAUGGAGAUGGAGAGAUUAAUCAAGAAGAGUUUUUGAGAAUUAUGAAAAAAACUAGUUUGUAUUGAAGGUUUGUAAUGAAAGAAUCUAAACUGUUCAAGGAUUGUGUUUAAUUGUAUGGACAAUCUGUGUCUGAAUCUUUAUAAUCUUAAUAUUGCAGUAUUUUUUUAUAAAACGUUUUUCUAUUCCUAGUCAACUUUAAUAUGUCUUUGAGAUAAUCUUGUAAUAAUUCAUUAAAAUAAUUGUGGAUGUUGUGAUUUAAGUCAAUAAAUAUGGAUCUUUAAAAGUUGGUUA